AUGUCUUCGAACAACGAGUCUCACUCCGGCCCCGGUGGCUCGGAAGCCAUCAACACCGAGAUCAUCACUCUUACCAGAUUCCUCACAGAGGAGCAGACAAAACACAAGGAGGCAACCGGUGACUUCACCCUUCUCUGCCACUCCCUCCAGUUCGCCUUCAAGUCAAUCGCCUACUACAUUCGCCGUGCCUCGCUGAUCAACCUCUCGGGUCUUGCUGGCUCGGCCAACUCGACCGGCGAUGACCAGAAGAAGCUCGAUGUUAUCGGAAACGACAUUUUCAUCUCGGCCAUGAGAUCAUCAGGUCGCGUGCGCAUUUUGGUUUCCGAGGAAGAGGAUGAGCCCAUUGUCUUUGACGAGCACCCAACAGCCCGCUAUGCCGUUGCCUGCGACCCCAUCGACGGUUCGUCCAACUUGGAUGCCGGUGUUUCGGUCGGCACUAUCUUCGGUAUCUACAAGCUCGCCGAGGGCGCCAAGGGCACAAAGGAGGACCUUCUGCGUCCUGGUACCGACAUGGUUGCUGCCGGCUUCACCAUGUACGGUGCCUCUGCACAGCUCGUCAUGACCAUGAAGGAUGGCCCGGUCAACGGUUUCACCAUGGAUAGUGCCCUUGGUGAAUUCAUCCUGACCCACCCCGAUAUGAAGAUGCCCCGUAAGCGUUCAAUCUACUCAGUCAACGAGGGUAACUCGUACUGGUGGGAAGACCCCGUCAAGGAGUGGUGCGAUACCCUCAAGAAGCCAGAGAAGGAGGGUGGCAAGCCCUACAGUGCGAGAUAUAUUGGUAGCAUGGUUGCCGAUGCCUACAGAACUCUUCUGUACGGUGGUAUCUUUGCCUACCCGGCGGAUAAGAAGUCUCCCAAGGGCAAGCUGCGUAUUCUGUAUGAGUGUGCUCCCAUGGCCAUGGUCUUCGAACAAGCCGGCGGUCAAGCAGUUAACAGCAAGAUGGACCGUAUGAUCGAAAUCAUCCCCGAGUCUAUUCACGACAAGUCCGGCAUCUUCAUGGGCUCGUACGAGGAGGUGCAAAAGGUCAUCGACAUUCACAACAAGUACAAGAAGUAA